UAAAUGGUGUUUAUGUACCAAUAGAUUGUUUCAUUUUUAUAUUUUAGGUCCAGAGGGAAGAGAUUUUAAGAAUGGUAAAUUCAUGUACGUUUUUGGCCACCCUGAACAGAUUCUGAAAAAAGAAAUUUGUAAUGUUUUUAAGCAGAAAAGUUGGGAAAAUGUUUCACACAUUGUAGUAGAUGAGGCUCAUUGUGUUGUUCAAUGGGGACAUGAUUUUCGUCCCGAUUUCAGACAUAUUUCGAAACUGCGUGCAAUACUACCACAAGCUAAAAUACUAGCAUUAACUGCAACAGCUACACCAAAAAUGAAGAGAGAAAUUCAACAACAGCUUUGUAUGAAAGAUGUGUUUACACUAUCAGGCCCAGUUGAUAGACCCAACAUUAAAAUUAUAGUUAAAAAACGUCUACCACUUACUGGAGGAAAGACAACAGCAGAGGGUUCAUUCCAGGAUGUACUUAAUCCUUAUAUUGAGGAACUUUGUAGUGAAAUUGGGAAUGUUCCAAAAACUAUAAUAUAUUCAAAGCUCAAAUGGUGUGGUAUAGGCUAUGACAUGGUAUCACAGGCAGCCCGUCUUGUAAAUAAUACUCAAGAGAUACUUUCAGCAGUGUCACAGUUCCAUGCACCUUGCACAGAUGAGAUGAAAAAAAAUAUAGCACAGAACAUGGCAGAUACAAAUGGAUCCAUAAAGUUGCUUUUUGCAACUCAAGCCUAUGGUAUGGGAACUGAUGCCCCAGAUGUUGAAAGGGUUUGUCACAUUGGACCACCAAGUUCAUUAGAAUGCAAGUAUUAUGGCUAUAUUACAUAUUAUACUAUGGGUUAUAGAAACAGAAAUACUUCAUUAUUCCAGUUAUGGACCCUUGUGGAAUUAACAUAA